GAGGGCGCGCCUAAGAAGCUCGGGGUUGCCAUGGCAGCGGAGGCUUGGGAAGAGCGGAAGAGCCUGGCUGCGGCGGCGGCUGUUUGGCAGGUGGGUCUUGCCCACCUCGUCCCUCCUUUGGGCGGGAAGGAACAUCUGCCCUAAGACCCGGUUGGUGGUUGGUGGAAUGACAUCAGUGUGGCAACAUGGUGACCUUGCUGGUUAACCAAAACUACAUGGAGAGUCUGCGGAAGGACAUCACGGAUCUGCAGGGAAUCAUCCUCAGCGUCUUCACCCGAGCCGGGGCCGUGCGCUACCCGUCCUGGAAGUUUCCUGAUAAGUUGUCCUGUGACCUGGACCUGGUUGCUUUGCUUGAGCACUACGACUUUGCACAGAAUGACCCUGAAUUUACUCAUCAUUCCCACGUGGUUCUUCUGGAACUAGUGAUUGACAGGUGA